CCCCUGCCGGACAGACGGGCGCCAUGGUGGAGUACUACGAAGUGCUGGGCGUGCCCCGAAACGCCUCCUCAGACGACAUCAAGAAGGCGUACAGGAAGGCGGCGCUGAAAUGGCACCCGGAUAAAAACCCGGAGAACAAGGAACACGCCGAGCGGAAGUUCAAAGAGAUCGCGGAGGCCUACGAAGUGCUGUCGGACAAGGGAAAGCGUGACGUCUACGACCGCUAUGGCAAGGAAGGCCUCAUGGGAGCAGCAGGGCCUGGGGGACCAAGAGCCGACGCGGGAGUCCCCGAAUUCACCUUCACCUUCCGCAGCGCCCACGACGUCUUCCGGGAGUUCUUCGGCGGGCGGGAUCCCUUCGCUGACCUCUUCGAUGAGAUGCUGCCGUUCUCAGAGCUGCGGGGAACUGGCCUCCGACGCCCCGGACCAGGCUCCUUCUUCUCCUCUUUCCCGGCAUCCUCAGAUUUCUUCUCCUCGUCCUUCAGCCCCGGCACCGACCCCGGAAUCGGCUUCCGCUCGGUUUCCACCUCCACCACCUUCGUCAAUGGCAAACGCAUCACUACGAAGAGGAUUGUGGAGAAUGGGCAGGAGCGGGUGGAGGUGGAAGAGGACGGGGAGCUGAAAUCGAUCCAUGUUAACGGUGUCCCUGACGACAUGGCGCUGGGGCUGGAGCUGAGCCGCCGGGAGCAGCAGGCCCUCCUGGGCCAGGCCUCGCCCUCGCCCCCUGCACCGCCGCGGCCCCGCGACUCGUCCCCCGUCUGCCUGUACACGGACAGCGAGGAGGAGGACGAGGACCUGCAGCUGGCCAUGGCCUACAGCCUGUCGGAGAUGGAGGCCGCGGGGCAGCACAGAGCAGGUGUGUUCUGAGGGACGCGCUGCGGGCACCCGGCCACGUUCAGUCGCCCAGGGAGGCUGAUCACACCCGGACAUCGCUCUGUUCCCCCCCCCUCCCCGAGUACCCCCGGGCUGUGUAGUGGGGGGUCUCCUGUCACUGUCUGCUGAGCAGUGUGUAGUUGGCUGUAGCUAGGGAGGAGGGGGCCGGGUGUGCUGUGGGCAUCUUGCCCAGCCCGGGCCCGCGAGCAGCCUGAGUCUGUGCUGUGGCCUGGCUGGGCAGUGCCCUGCAUGCUGGGCCCUGGCAGCGCUGCAGCGGGCCUGGGCCAGGAGCAGUGAGCAGGGUG